GACGCUGUUGACUAUGGGAGACGAGGACAGAUGUAUGGAGGCAGAGCAGCAGGGGGAGAAGAUGGUUCUUCACUGUCCUCCAGUCCACCCACUGCCUGAAGAGAUAAAAAAGGUCCGUGACACUGACCUUAUUCUGCUGUUUUGAUGAGCCAGAUGGGUCACGACAGCUGUGGCUGAUGGAGGUGGACGUGGGAGAGGAGCAGGAAGAUGAGGAGGAGGACAGGGAUGGAAGGGGCAGUUGUUUAGGAAGGAGAAGGAGAAAAUGAUGCGAUGAGGUCAUUAGGAUUUAGGAGAGAGGUUAUCAAAUUUGGAAAAAUUCGAUUAUCUUAUGCGUCUUGUUUGCAUCUUCAACCUCAGAACAUGAGACAACGAGCACACAAGUGGACAGUCGGGGAGUUAAAAAGGCAUCACGUAAAUUAAUCAUGUUUUUUAUGCUGGCAAGACACCAACCACCGACAGAAUACCCCCAUCUUGUCGCCCCCACCGGCACCACUCCACCCCUCCUAAAUGUUUCAGGCAAGAGGUAAUAGCCCUAAUGUUUAAUUGAUGGAGCACGGAGGCAUUGUGGUGAUAACAUGCACUGUGGAGGUGGUCCAAGUCACAAAACACAGACGCAGACAGCAGUCUUGGUACCUGUUAGGUGUAGACACAUGCUGGAGGUUCACUUACAGUAAGAGGCUAUUAUCUGAAGGUUGAGACAGACACACACACGUCAUAGGCACUGCAUCGCUGAUGUACCCUGAGGCAUUAUGCAUGUUUUGCAUAAUUACAUACAUUCUGUUGACUUUAUAAUAAGCUCUUUUGUAAUAGAUAUUUAUUAACUCUAUAUAUAAUAGAAUAAUCAUUCAGUGGAUGAAUUAAACCAAUGUGGUGUGCGUUCAAGAGCUGCACGUGUCUCGAAAUGUAAUGUUUUAAACCACUUUUGGCAGCAGGCCAGCAUGCUAAUGGAGUCAAUCAACAGACAGAAUGAAAGAGAGAUAGGAGGGACACAAGGGGAGCCAUACAAGUGUUGUGUGCGCUAGAGGACAAAGAGGUUCGGUGUGUUGAAGAGAAGCAUAGUUUGGCUGCUGGCGUGAAACAUCCAAAGGACAACAAGACCUUUUUCCUCCUCUGCCUCAUUCUUCCUCUCUUUUUCUAUCACUUCCUUGUUUCAUUCAAACCGUCCUUGUCUCUCCCUUUUCCUCUCAGGUGCUUUUUUGCAAGCCUGUGUGUGGUUGUAGUCGUGUCUGUGUGUGUGUGUGUGUGUGAAACGUAUGGAGGGGUUAGUUUUUUGGUUUGGUUUGAGUGCUAAGUGAACGUGUCAGUGCCCAGGGCAAGGGGUCUCCCCGUGGGGCCGAGCUCAGUCACGGGAGCACACAACCCCACUGGUGAUGCAGACAUUCUACCCUAAGGGAAUGUGUGUGUGUGUGUGUGUGUGUGUGUGUGUGUGUGUGUGUUAAGAGUCUGUCUGCCUGAAGAUACUUAUGUGAGCAAAUUUGCCUUUGUAUGCGUCUGUCUACGUCUGUGUCUUUUGUUCGUAGACGUGUACAUGCUUGUGCUUGUAUCUAUGUGGGUUUUAAUGCGUGUGUCUGUUUGUUAGUCGGUGUGUCUUUGGGUUUUUGUCUGUGCCUUUCAUCUGCUCCUGUGUGCGCGGAAAUGUGCUUUCGAAUGUGCUUUGUGCUGCAAGUGUUAGAAAGCUGUGUGUGUGUGUUUGUGUGCAUGUGUCUGUGUAGCCAUAGCUAAGGCACGAUUCAGCCCUCGGGUCUCUUUAACACUGUGUAUUGCCCCCCUUGUUGUCGGUCUUCAUGACUACAUCACUUGCAUAAAGAACCACCACCACACACACACACACAGAAAUGCACACACAGAAAUGUACAUGCAUAAGCAUUUUUGGAUGAAAUACAACACACACACACACACACACACACACAGUAGUUUUUGCCUGCAGGAACUAUGAGGACAUCUGCACAGUAAACACUAAACCCCCCUGAGCCCCAGUCCCAAAUAUUGCUCACACUUGCACGCACUUACUGUGUGUGUGUGUGUGUGUGUGUCUCUCUCUCUCUCUCUCUCUCUCUCUCUCUCUCACACACACACACACACACACACACACACACACACACACACAAACUCGCAUUGCAAACAGAUAAUAGCCCAUAUUCUCCAGAGUGCAUUCUGCAGCAACACAAUGUAGUACAUUGUCAUGUUGUGGAGCUUUCUUUCCACCCACUCUAAUGCACUUCCUCCUCUCCUUUUCUGUCCUCUCUGUUUUCAUUUUCUCUUCUGCCUGUCUCUAGAUCUUCGUCAGCAUAAAUGCGUGCAACACCUUAUGGUGAGAACAUCAGGAGCACACCUUUAAUGUUUAAAGCUUUAAUAAACAAACAUCCAAAUACAUAAGGAGCCCUGCAAAGAGUCUCAGGAAGUGCCAUACUGUUAUACAUUAUUAGGACCAUGUGUGAAAUCUGGAUUUCUAGGAGUGCAGUGGUUGUAUUUUCUGCACUUUCUGAUCAUUUCUUUGCUCUUGUUAAUUGUUUUUCUCAUUGAUGUUCUUAACUUGUUGCUUUUGUACUCUUUCUGGGUUUCUCAUGUUACAGUAUUUGGAUUUUGGCGACGGCAUUUUCCAUGUGUACAGUAAAGUGUGGAAACUCUUCUUAACACGUGUCUUAAUUAAUAUCUAGAAUAAUUUAAUUAAUAUCUAGACAUUUUUAGCUUUUUAUGAUUUUAGUGAUGACCUGAUUUUUUUUUUUCUCUUGCCGCCUCGAGUUUGGCUUGAGUUUUUGUGUUUUUUGUCUCAACAACUCUUGAAUAGAUAACAUCCCCAGCUGUAGCUUGCAUUUUGUGCGUGCUGCUAAAAUGAGAUGGUGAACAUGAUAAAUAUGACUGCUAGCAUGGUUGUAGACAUUUAAUCUUGUUAUUAUGUAGAAAGUCUUCUCCACUUGUACCUCAGCAUUUGCUGUGAGUUCAGUUCUCGUCUUCUAAAGUGUGAUGGCUGCUAGAAGACAGACUCCCGUUGUCCUCAAGACUUGAGGCAGACAGAAUCUGCACCUUGGCUUGACAUGGAGAGACAAGAUGCUAACACAGAGCAAGGAAGCACUGUGAUAGAUGGAGCGCAGUGAGACGGUGUGUCGUUACUGUGGCGUAAGCUACCUCAUUUUCCACGAGUUCCAUCAGCUCAACACCCGUGUGGCUCAGUUGGAGGCUGAGCUCCAGGAACUGAGAGAGACCGCCCAGAGGGAGAAGGCCUGGCGAGAGGCACUGGAGCUGGGUAGGCUAGAGUGGGAGAGGGCGCUGCGCAUGGAAGUGCAGAGACAAGCAGAGGAGAAAGAAAAAAGCACAAGGGAAGAGCUGGAAGAGAGGAGCAAAGACACAGAGAGAGCUCUGAGAGAGGAGUUUGAAGAAAAGAAUGAGAGGAAGAGGAGCGAGAUGAAGGAGGAGUAUCAAAGAAUCGGUGAAGAAAAAGAAAGACAACUUAGAAGAGAGAUGGGCGACCUAGAGGCAGAGAGACUGACGAAGCAGAGAGAGGAGCUGGAGAGGAGUGCCGAGGAGAGGGAGAAAGUUCUCAGUGACGCACUUCAAAAGGCCAAUAAAAAUUUAGAUGAGCUGAGAAAAUACCUCCAACAGCUGGAACAGAGGCUGGCAGUAGCAGCUUUCACGAAGGAGGAGGCGGAGCAGUUUCUCGGAAAAGAGAAGCAGCAGGGUGAAAUUCUCAGAGGUGUGUGUGCACAGCAGCAGCGGACCCUGCGAGAGACGCUUUCCACUCUCCACUCUUCUGGCAAGCAGCUCAAAGAUGUACGAGGUUUCCUCAGCCAGCUGAUGGGGGCCUGGCAGACCUUCAGAUCUCAGAUACUGCAGCACUGCACACAGGUGUUCUCAGUGCUGAGAGAGGAGCUGGAGCAUUCCAAUGUGGGUUUUCAGAAAAUGAGAGAGGAAAAAGAGCACCUAACUCAGCAGCUGAUGGAGCAAAAGAGACGGAGAGAGGAGGAGCUGAGAGAGCACAGAGAAGAACUACUCAGGUUAAAAGGGGAGUUGGAGGAGAAACAGGAGAGGUUGUUGUCAUGCCAACAAAAGCACGACACCGUACAGGAGCAGCUGUCGUCAUGGCGGCAGAGAGAGGAACAAAUGAAAAGGAAGUGCUGCGCAGCUGAAGAGGAAGUGACACAACUGAGGGAAGCCGUGGAGAAGGUCCAGCAGGAAACGAGAGAGCUGAGGAGAGAAAGGGAGAUAUUGAUAGAGUCCCAUGGCAGAGCCCUAACCAAGAUGGAGGAAGAUUGCAGGCAGCAAAUGGCCUCGAAGCUGGCUGCUGCCCUAGAAGAGCAGAGAACCCAGAAUGCAUUGCACCUGAGGGAGCGGAUGGAGGAGCUUCGCGAGGGCGCGGAGUUAGAGCUAUCAAUUGACAGGGAGAAGAAUCGACUGCUGCUGCUUCAGUACGAGCGAGAGAGCACCCAGCUUCAGCAGAAGCUGCAGGAGAGUGAGCAGGAGCUACGAGGACUGCAGGAUGAGCUGCAGGAGGAGAGGAGGAGCAGGGUGGAGGAGAGGAGGAUGCGAGAGGAGCAAAUACACCAGGAGCUGCAGCACUCCCAGCAGCAGGAGGCACUACAGCUGAGCCAAGCUAAAGCUGAAUUACAGCUGAUGACUGAGAAGAAUACUGAACUGCAAGACGAGGUAAUGUUACUCCAGGAGACCGUAAGAAGGGAGUGUGAGGAGAGGGAAGAGCUGACUGCCGCUCUGUCUCAAACUCAAGAGGAGCUCCUUGGGCUGCGAUCCCUAGGGUCUCAUCAGGGCUCCGCCAGGUCUCUUCGAAACCCCAUGGAGAGACACAUCCCCUCAGGGAACAAGCAUUUCCAUCUCCAUAGUCAGCCCUGGGUACCUCUCACUCGCUCAUCAAACUCCCCAAACACACUCCGACCCUCCCCUGCAAGCGCAGACAAAGGCGACGGCUGGGGCACAGAUGGAGGAGGAGCGGGGAGGAGUUUGGAGUCCUGGAAUCGUGGAGGGGUGUUAAACGGAGAAAAAAGGCGAGAAGGGACUCUGCCCAGACUGAAAGCGAGCAGCACAGUGAGCGAAGUCAAACGUGAGGUCAGUUUAGUGAUGGAGAGGAAGGAGAGACUGUAAAAACCAACCUGGACCAUAUGUGUAUUAAACAAUUCAACCUAUUCAAGAUCAAUCAUAUUCUUUGUGUUAUUAUGUGUGUUUUAGUGUUAUUUAGUAUUUUAAUAUUCAUUGAAUUGAUGUAAUAGUAUUUUAUAGUUCUCUUACAAUGUAAUAACUCAUGAAUUUCAAAUAGCCCUCUAAUUGCGUGCUCUAAAACGCACACUUUAUACACAAGACACAACUAUCGAGGCCUGUUCGUACACCAGUAAACUCCCAGGACGCACACUUUACAACACACAUGCACUUGUUUUCUCACAACCCGACUCAGGCAGUCUCACUGGCACGCACAGGAUUUCACAGACAAACACCCACACAUGCACAUCGCAUACACACACAGACACACACACACACACACACAUAGCCUGUCACAAGGGCAGGGCUGAAGGAGCAUGACAGCGUGUCCCUUGCCACCUGUGGACACAAACAAAAGGCAGGCAAACACAAAAGAAACUGUAAGGCAAGCACCCCCAUACACACACACACACACACACACACACACACACACACACAAUUACCCAGCACUCUCCCCUCAGGCAUUGUGUGUUAUUGACAUCAUUCACUCCGUGCAAGGUCUUUCCUUCCCUCUCUCUCGCUCUCUCUCUCUCUCUUCCUCUCCCUCUACAUUUGGGAUGAAUUGGCAUGAUGGGAGAAAAGUGUGUGUGUGUGUGUGUGUGUGUGUGUGUGUGUGUGUGUGGCAUGGAACUAAUUUCCCCGCUUACCGGCACACAUGGAAAGCUUUUAGUUUGACUUCCCCGUGUCCCUCUCUUCCAAUCCAUCUGCGAGACAAUGCAUGUGCACGUUGUUCAAACACAGAGGUGGGACGAUAAUGGUUUUGUCCUGCCAACGUUUUCCUCUGUUUGCCAAAAACACACGUAUGGUUCAAUAGUUAAGAAUCUGGAUGCGUGUGGAGAGGAUGAUCUGAAGUACAAAACAAUGAACAGCCUGUGCCAUUAAAACCUAAUUUUAUACCUCUUUUUUUGUCACAGGGCUGAAUUGCAACCUUCAAACAGCUGCAUGUUUUUUCCUGAAGUCGUAAAUUAGCUCGCGGGAGAUUUAUUUUUUAAAAUCAGAUUUCAUAAUAAAUGUAAUUAACCUGUGCUUAUUUCAUUUCAUUUUGAUCCAGUUGACUUCCCUUUAGAGACAGUCCCUAACUAACCCCUUUAUGGAGAAACCAUACAUGUUAUUAAAUAUGUGGCUAAGGCAACCUUUUCUUUCAUGUUCCGCAUCUGACUUUUGUUGCCUUCCUGUGUUUGAGUGUGCGAUUGUGUGCGUGGCCUUGUGUGUGUUUACUCAUUACGCGUGACUUCGCCAUGUGUGCGUGUGUCUCCAGUGAGUGAUUGUUUCUGUCCUAGCACCAGCGUUGCUCACUUUUUGGAAUCACGUCAUGUUAUUGAAGGACAUCAAUUGUAUGGUCAUUAUCACAAUGUUGUGUGUGUGUGUGUGUGUGAGAGAGAGAGGCUUAGGCGAGCCAGGGCUCUGCUAUUGUCCAUGCUGUCUCACUGGGACACUUCAUGGACCGGAGCCAUCAUUAAUAUUAUUAUUUACACCUGUGCUUUUCCUGCUUUGACAAGUCAAAAUGUCUGCUGUCAAAAGUGUCUAUUCCAGACAUGCGCUGACCUUUUGACAACUGCUCACAUUCUCCCUGCACACUCACAUCUGACUGUUGACCUUUCCUUUUAUCCCCAUUAAACUUGCUCUCACCGUGACCUGCAUGUCUGCUGUGUAUUUGAAGAGAUAGCCUCUUUCUAUACCAGUCAGAGGUGUUAAUGCGUUUCUCCCAAAUCCCACAAAACUUCUUUGACCACACACACACACGGUCUCUCCCCUUCUGUCUCCUUCAAAACACAAACACCCCUCGCUCUCUCCCCCUUUUCUCUGUAUCUCUGAGUCAAUAUUCUUUUAAUCUCUUUGGCCUUCUUUUAGUAUUGAACCCCUCCGACUCUGGUGCUAAAAAGCAACUCCCUCUCAGCCUCCCUUCCUCAGCUAUCUUCACUUUAUUUUUGAUCUACUCAACUCUCUUUUCUACUCCCCUCUGCUCUUUUACUGGGGGCUUUUUUUUCUCCUUUGCUCAUGCCCUUGCUUUGUAGCCCUUGACCUGGUGUCCUUCCUGGUUCGUGUGUGUAGAAAAAAGCCAUUGGGUGUGUGUACAAGAGGGAACUGGCCUGAACAGAUACAUCUCCAUGAAACACUUUUUAUAUAUAAAUAUUUGCGUAACAGGACAGCAUAGCAAAUUUUAACACCCUUGCCAAAUGCCCACAUGCACAAACAAUCAUACGUGUGCACACACAUGCCAUGCAUACACAUUUUGAGUGUGAUCUCCUUCACAGUAAUUAUCAUAGCAGGGCAGGCAUGCACACGUGUCCCUGGGGAAUCUGUGCAAGUUCCCCGUAAACACACGCUCCUGGGUUUGGCGUGUGUGUAUAACUAAGCCCUUGUUCGUCACUGGGCGUCCCUGAACGCCUCUCUCCUGCGUCGUUAUGGUCGUUCCGGAAUUCUGUCGUCCCGUGAGCCCUCCCACACCCUAUAAUUAGUGUCACCCAGGCAACCGGAGAAAGAAUGCUCAGUAUUCUUGUCGUCGUGGUAACUGCGUAAGUGCGAGGGCCGGAGGUGCUGGUUGUAGGUGUUGGUUAAUGACGGGGACAAUGAGACCUCAGUCUGCCACCUCUUGUGGUGUAUUAGUAAAACUGAGGAGGUAAAUCUGUGUGUGUAGGUCUGUGUAGGGGUGUGUGUGUGUGUGUGUGUGUGUAGGUGUGUGUAGGUGUGUUUGCGUGUGUGUGUACACCACACAGAGUCUCAAACAUGUUAGGCUUUGUUUACAUUAUUACAGUUGGACACUCACAUGCAAAUAUACAGUAUAUAACCUCAGGAAAUAAUUGCAGGAUUAAACUGUUAGUGGGACAGGGGGCAAUGAUUUGCCCUUGGGCUCCUACUGAACCCCCCAUUUCCUCCCUCUGUGAGUCGUGUAUGUACCCCGCUGUCCACAUGUACGCUGCAGACAGCAGACUAAACGUGGAAACUUCACUGUAUUUACCUGCAGACCUGGAAAAAACCCUUAGCUCUUGUUGCUGGAAAACUACAUUUGGUUUGUGGUAAUUUGACUAAAAAAGGAAUUUUGUUUAGGAAUAUACACAA